CAGUAUGGCUCGAAUGCUGCUAAAGGACUUUCAACUAUGCUCGCGGGUUUUUAACGCUACUCCACGUUUCUUGGGGAAAGAACUGCACUUUCAAAUGACAACUAAAAAUAAAGGCAAGCAAGAAAUUAAGAGCGAUAACACCACCAUGACCGACACGCCAGGAAGUGCUUAAUGGCGUUAGCUUUGCUAGCCUGCCUAGCGUUUUGUAACUGUCUGCUUUGGUUUGCUCAUGCUGUUUUCUUUCUUGUUUGUCGUGUUCGAACCACGUAAGCUGAACAGUCCUUCUGUUUUGUUCGGAUAUAUAAUAUAUAAGGCUUAUGUCAACGAUUUCCUUUUUGUUUUUGUAGGCUGAUAUAUUUUUCCACCGGAAGUUCGAAAUGUUUAUAUUAGUAACUCUCGCGAGAAAACUCGCGUUAACUACUUUGACGUAACGCGGGAAUUUCAUGCAAAUUAUCUCGCAGACCCGGGAAUACACUGAAGUAGAUUCUUGGUGGAAGUUUGUAUUGUCGUCCUUUAAUUAUCAAUAACUUAGUUUUUAGUAGGUUUUAAUUUUUUUUAGUGUACUGUAGGUUUUUAAUUUUGCAUACUUUGCCAACAUGCCCGUCCUAGAAGUCACAGAUGCUUCUGCAGUUUCUCCAUCAAAGAGAACAAGGACAGAAACAAACCCUGCAGAGGAAAGACCUGUCCUCAAAUUUGCUAAACUUUCUGAGCAUGCUAGGACCCCGACCAGAGGCUCAGCUAAAGCAGCAGGUUAUGACCUCUACAGUGCGUAUGAUUACUCCAUUCCUCCUAUGGAUAAGACCAUUGUAAAGACAGACAUUCAGAUAGCAGUUCCACAUGGCUGCUAUGGGAGAGUUGCACCAAGAUCUGGACUAGCAGCAAAACACUUCAUUGAUGUUGGUGCUGGAGUUGUAGAUGAGGACUACAGAGGAAAUGUGGGUGUUGUGCUGUUCAACUUUGGCAAAGAGACGUUUGAAGUGAAAAAGGGCGACAGAGUUGCUCAGCUGGUGUGUGAGAAGAUCUGCUACCCAGAUCUGGUGGAGCAAGAGACACUCGAUGAAACAGACCGUGGCGCUGGAGGUUUUGGAUCAACUGGAACCAACUGAAACCCUCAUGUGUUUUUAAAAUAUGUUAGUUAUAACUUUGAUAAAAUAAGAAAUAAAG